GACAGGUGGUGCGGUGCGGCGCGGCGCGGCGCGGUUUACAGCUCGGCUCGGCUCGGCUCGGCUCUCGAUUCCGUGCACACACUCGAUACGUGAUCGCUCGCGCGAGGAACGCGGAUCGUCGUGACUGUCGUCGUCGUGCGCGAACGUUUGACGUUACACGGCCGAGAAGCGUGGUGCACCGUCGCAUCUUCGAAGGGGAAACAACGGAGACGCGAGGAAGGACACCCGUCGCACGCACGUCGCGAGGACGCGAGUUUACUCCGAGGGAAUCUCUGCACUCUCGUCGUCUCGGGGACACCCGUCGUCAUCCGUCCAAAUUGUGCAAAUCGCGGUGACAUGCACGCACGGUCACUCGUGCGUCGCUGCUCGUAGGUGUUCCUCCCCACCUCCGCGUUUACCUCCUACGAUGUGUACCACGUAUCCGCGCGACUCACCCGGGAGAUUCAGCUGCAGAAGAGUGUAUGCGAGAUUGCUCUACGGCAGGCCAGGCAUAGAACCGCAGGGAUUUUCAUUUUUCAUUCGGUGUCGGGACAAGGUUGGCGGAUCUAUAUGGGGCAAUGCGUGUCUCGUAAGGCGGGCGCCGUCGUCGCAGCAUCCGGUCAUCACAAUUCGCCCUCGUACCGUAUCAUGGACAAGGCCCAGAAACAGGGCUCUACGAAGCGCGGUACGUCACACACGCGCGGCACCGCGAUGUCCUUCGGCUUCCGGCGACGACCCACCAGCGGGAUCCCGAUGCCGAUAGCAAACUAUGCCGUUAGCAGCACCACCAACGAGAAGAGCCUGCUGCAUCCACGAUCCAAAUCAGCUGGCCCGGAGCAGGAUCGCAGGCGGAUGAUGGAUGAUGAUAACAGCAAUGUGAUCCAUAAUUCAUCAUCCGGCAGGUCGACGCCACGACUAGCACCGCCAAAGAAAGACUCGAGCGGGAUUGGCGUCAGGACAAACCGCUUCGGCUACCGGCAGCCGCAGGCGAGAUUCACUAACAAGGUCAGCGAUAUCUAUAACAGUCACACCAUCAUCCACUACAAUCAAGAGAAGCUGCAGCAAUAUCCACAGCAACAACAGCAGCAGCAGCAGCAACAAUCGGAAAGCUAUUUUGUUAAACAGCAACAGCCGAAUAGGGUCGUUGCGCACGUGCCGCAACACUUGUGCGGCACGACACCGCCGGCGAAGCCUCGUCUGUCGCAAACAAGUAAUGCGGCUUAUGGCGGCAAUCCGAUGACGCAACACGCAGACGCGAGCAAACGAAUCUCAAACAUUCCGGAACCCAUUAGUAGGUACACGCUGCACACCAGUCAUCUGCCGCUACCGCAGUUUGCCGUGCGGGUGAGCGAUUCCAACUCCAAAAUUGCCAAGACUGCAGCAAAUCAGAGCAGAAAGAUAUCUACAUCGACGUCGAAGGGCUCGUCCAGUUCGAAGGAAGGUUCGGUAACGGAGGACUCGGGUGUUGGCAGCCAACCGACCGGACCAGAGGACAACGAUAGGUUCAGAUCGAUAGAUUACAUGGACGACGGUUCCGCGAGAAGACGCGGCGUCGGCAGACCGAGAAAUCUACGUAUGGUAGUGACCGGCAAGAGCUUCGACGUGAGAGACGUCCGUGACGACGACAGCACGGUCACGGAGAUCUCGGUGAUUCCGCUGCCUAAAUCUUUCGCGACCGCCGCGGCUAGUUUGAACGCCGGCUUCGUGCGAGAGCGGGCUACGCAAUAUCAGCGAAUCGUCAACAAGGAUAAUAGGUAUACCGACUCGAUUGCGUCAAUGUCCACCACCUCCUCGGAGGGCUACGACGAGGGUUGUUUUAGCGAGGAGAAAGUCUACAAGGAUCGAUCACGCACAGAAAAAGUCCCGUCCAUCAAAUCAGAUUUUAGUCCACCCAGCUCGGACGAUCCUGAAUACGGCCAUGGUGAAGCUAUGGCGGAUGAGUAUUCGUUAAGCUCCAGUGACGAGUACCAACGUUCCAACUCUAUCAUCGCCCAGCACGCGCAGGCAGUCACCGCUGCCGCGAAAAGUAGUGCGACAUCGAAGAACGCUCUGCGCUCGGUGUUGCUCACCAUUGAGGAUCCGGCAUUCGCCGCCGCCGCCGCUACUACGACUACUUUGAUAGAUGACGAAACUUCGCCGGUCGAUAGCUUGUUCGACAGUCCCACCGCUAGCAUCACUCAGUCGGAUGGAAAGCCCUCUAAGAAGGAUGAGGAACACGCGCACGAGCGUUCGGACAACACUCUCGAGGACGACGGUCCGGGCACGCCGACGAACGCCUCCAACUCGCUCAGUUUGUCCGAGGGUAGAGAGUUCUUCGACGAUGAGAUCGCUGAUCAGCCCGGACUAAUCUUCGACGACAGUAAUCCGAGGACGAGAGCCGAAACGCAGUCCGCUCUGGGUGGUCAAGUAAUCACCGAGAAUAGCCAUUCAACUCUGAUUGAGACGAAUUCCAAGACGAAUGGUGCACACAUCAAAGGUAUAGUGAAUAGUCCUCAUCAUGGGCAGCGUUUACAUCGAACGGGAAGCGUAGACACUUUAUCACCCUGCGAGUCCAUCGCUUCAGAUGAUUUAAUGUUAGAUUAUGACGGCAGCGACGCGAGCUCUUACGAGGAACAACAGCGAUUAAAUUCUAAUCCCGCAUUGCACGAGCUGGAUGACGCAACUAUAAUUUCUGAACUGGAAGCUCAGGGUGAGGAAGUGAUGAGGCAGUGGAGUUCAUUGCUGAACACUGCGCACAUGGAGGAGGCGAAUUCCAAUUCCGCCAACAACAAUUCCGUCAACAACGUGACGAGUAACAAUAACAAUCAGGCCGCCACCGAAUCUGGGAUCGGAAGUGACAGGAUGUCAAGGCUGUUGCGUAGCAGAUCGGGAACGGAAUCGCCACGUUCAUUAGACAACAUGCGCAACCGUCAAGUUUCUAGUCCUAUGAGAACGUCGGGAAGCGUGUCAUCCUCGUGCGUCGAUUCCGGAGACGAAGCCAGCCUCAGGAUAGACCGCGGCACGUACCAGUACAUGUUCCAGGACAUCGUCUCCAUAAAGACGAUGCUCCUGAAGCUCAAGCGGGUCCUUCAGGAGUCAGGAGAGAACGAUUUGACGAGGACGGAAACUCUCAACCCAUUCGAUAAUCCGAAGAAUGGCCUCUUCUGCAACCUGAACGAGGGUGGUAGUAACACGAUCGACGUGAGCACGUCACCGGGAAGCGGCGGUACCAGUAUUGCGGACGAACUGGCGGAUCUGAGGAGGCAAGUGGUGUUCCUUCAAGGCCAGGUGGAGGACCGAGAUCGUACGAUACAAGUGCGAGAUCGUACCAUCGAAGUACUUGAGGUAAAUAACGAGCUCCAGAUGUCGAAGCUCCAAGGACCUAAGAACGGCGACGUUCAAAGCUGUACUUUGCCGACACGCAACAACAACGUUUCCUCCGCGGACACUUGUAACGCCGCUACGCAAACAGAGAAGACGCGACCAGUGUCGGCGGGUCCCUCGCUCCUACAGUCACUCCCGCAGGAUGGUGUCAUGGGGCCUCUCGUUAGCCGUGUGCGUUGGAGUGACUCGUCGGACCGUCAGCGACCAUCACUGCUCUCCGAGCUGAACUCCGCCGGGAGCCAUCGUAAGCCAAUUGAACGUUUACCUCAUACGCUAAGACUCCGUCAAGAACAUACCCCGACACGUCGCGUCAACGCGCACGCGAGAAGACACUCGUCGGAAUGCGUGUCCGGCUCGUCCGUCAAGCUGAAGGACUGCAUAAAAUCGCCGUGUGAUUUGAACGACACGGAGCAACGUGACGCCAAGAUAGAAGGAAACACGGUCAAGUCCCUCAUUCCGACACCUAGGAAACUGCGGCUUUAACGACACGCCGACCAGCUAUAUUAAUUUUUUUUGCGCAUAGCAAUGUUUCUUUUCGCUCUAGACGUCCGCAUCCUUGAAGUAUAGAAAAUCUUCGUAAGGCAUUUAAUUGUUUUACGAACAAAUAAUUUGAUUCACACGAAAUGUUUACGAUUUUUUACUAAAUUCAGUACAUUUACAUUUUCAGUAAAUUUAGAUAUCUAAAUUGAAUCUACAGUCGUUCCAAUUACAUUAUAAGUUGCAAUAGUUCUGGCGUCGUACGCCAGCUAGAAAGAAUUAUUUGGAAAGAAUCUGUAUAGUUAUUCGAUCACAUUCUUAUCAGGCGACCUUCGAUUCGGACGUACAAGACAUCUUUCGUUCUAUCUGUUCGUACUCAUAAUUAAUUCUCAGCGUAAAUGAUGUUCACGUUUCACGCAUUAACGGCGUAACGGCGUCAUUUACGCGUUCGUUUGAUAUAAAUCGCCAUCGUAUUUAUGUAACGUUGUGCACAGAAUGUCGCACGAAGUCUAUUCCUGAGCGGGUAUUUCGGGCGGCGUGUAAAUUGCGCCCGCGCGCGUAACGGGAACGGGUACACUUAUGUUAAUAUUUAACGAUAAAUUUCAUUUCCUCACUUAAACGUGAUCUCAAGUGUAAAAUUAUAGGAAUUAGCGAAUUAUCCGCAUCACUAAAUUGCGAUCGCGCUUUAUCUGUCUAUCCGGCGAUCGUUUUGGGACCUGCGCUUCGUACAUAUGUGUGGAAUCUUCCUCCGCAUGAUCUUGGCAGCUGAAAACGGAAGUCCUACAUAUGUUUUUAGUUCGACUGAAACCUUAAUUGCAAUAUUUAUCAAGUGCAACUUUUGUAAUAUAUAUAAUUUAUUGUAAAUAUAAAUGCAAGAGAUUAAUUUUAAGUGUGAUGUACAUUCGCAACUGAGAAAAAUCAAUGUUUUGGAGAGAUGAUAUUCAGAAUUUUUUAUAUUCAGGUUAUUUUAUUGGACGCAAACGUACGUAACGUCCUAGAAUUUGUAAUUUUUAUGUACAUACUAAAGUCUGUUUUCUCGAGAAAAAAGAGAUUUUCUAAAUACAUAUUAUUUAUUACUGUGUAUUUAUCGAGGAAAUUUUCUCUUUACAGCUAGUUUGCUGUGAUCCAACAAAAAUUAAACGCAAGUGAUUAUUGUUAAUGUUACAAAAAGCGUUCGUAUUACGAUUCGUUUGUCCUCAUUUUUCAAAGAUACGUUUGGAUAAUUUUGUGAGAAUUACACGGGCGUUUCUACAGUUUUCUUAGAUACGUCUCGUGACAAGUAAGCACGGAUUACGUAAAUCGCAAUUAAUGAAGCCAGGGUACUAUGUAAAUUCCAUACGUCGUUUUAAUUUAUUGUGUGCUUGGUACGUGCUUGGUGCUAGUAAAUUCGUAUUCGAUAUUAUAAGUAAAUUUGUGUAUGAUAUUUAGAUUCUCCUGUCUUUUGCGCAAUUAUACCGUCUGACGAUGUGCUGUCCAAAUGUAUUCGCAAAUACAAAAUAACGAUCUCGUAUUUGUGUUAGUGUACAUAAAAUAAUAAUCUAAAAUAUUUCUCGUGGAAAUAUGUAUUCAUGUUAGUGUAUGUAACGCACAUACACUAAAUAUAUAUUUUACGUACACUUACAUACAUAUAUAUUUAAAUGAAAUCUUUAUUUGCAAAUACAUCUUGUCGUGUCAUUCAAAGACACUAUAUCAAUAUGCAAAAAUUCGAUUUUAAAUUUAAUUGCAUUAAUUCAAAUGACAUUUUAAAAUAUCGGCAUUUGUAAAUUUAUCUCUUUUCCGAGGAUAAUAAGAGAUGAGUGAAAAUCAGUAUAUAUCUCUUUAAAUAAUAUCCGGAGAAUGACGGAAUGUCAGGAAAAACUAAGUAUCAUAUGAUCGUUGUAAGUUUAUUUGUCCAUAUUUUUCAUUUUACGCGAAAAUAAGAAUGGAGGGAAAAUGAGAGUGAGAGUGAAAAAAAAAGAAAUAUAUAUAAAUAUAUACAAAAUCUCAUUAAUUUUCUAAGAAAUAUAUCAUAAAACAAGAUGGAGAUUAGGGAAAUCUUAGUUUUUCCGCAGGAUUAUCUUCGCAAGUUGCAAUCGAGUAUUUGUAGAAAUGUACCGAGUAGUUCAAAUCCACUUACUAUUAAUAAGCGAAUACAAAUUAAUAGAUCUGAUAUGGAAUAAGUUGAAUGGCAAUUUUAUUGAUAUUAUCGAGGAACAAUCGACAUUGAUGUAAAUCAUCCGCCAUGGCGCUACAUCUUUGGAGAGCGAGCCUGCGACUAAUGCGAACAUUUUUGAAAGCUGCAAAAUCAAUGCUGUCGCAUCGUAUAAAAAUUAUGGCAAAUAAAGAGCAUACGUAACACAGUGA